AUGUUCGCCUUGAAGCGCCUCUCGACUAUCGGUGCCCGCGGCUACUCUACCUCAGGGUAUGCCUCCACCGCAAAGAACCUCCUUAUCAAUGCCGACACCAAAGUCAUUUUCCAGGGGUUCACCGGGAAACAGGGAACUUUCCAUGCCCGACAAGCUAUCGAGUAUGGCACAAAUGUCGUCGGUGGUAUCAAUCCCAAGAAGGCCGGGAGCACACACUUGGAUCGUCCAGUGUUUGGCUCUGUGAACGACGCAGUUAAACAAGUUGGAGGCGAUGCCAUUUUCGUCCCACCUUCUGUUGCCGCUGCAUCCAUCGAGGAGGCCAUCGCAGCUGAGAUCGGUCUCGUCGUCUGUAUUACUGAGGGAAUUCCCCAGCACGAUAUGGUUCGUGUUGUGGACAUUCUCAAGACCCAGAACAAGACCCGAUUGGUCGGGCCCAACUGUCCUGGUAUUAUUUCACCCGGACAAUGUAAAAUUGGCAUUAUGCCUGGCUUUAUCCACAAGCGUGGAAGAAUUGGAAUCGUCUCCCGUUCUGGUACCCUCACCUAUGAGGCUGUCAACCAGACCACUCAAGUUGGGCUCGGCCAAAGCCUUGUCAUUGGUAUUGGAGGAGACCCAUUCUCUGGGACUUCCUUCAUUGAUGCUCUCUCCGUGUUUUUGAAUGACGAGGGAACUGAUGGUAUCAUCAUGAUUGGUGAAAUUGGUGGUUCUGCAGAGGAAGAUGCGGCUGAAUACAUCACCACCAACAACCCUAAGAACAAGCCAAUUGUGUCUUUCAUUGCUGGUAUUACUGCGCCCCCAGGAAGGCGUAUGGGUCACGCUGGUGCCAUCGUUAGUGGUGGAAAGGGUGGUGCCGAGUCCAAGAUCUCUGCGCUCGAGAACGCCGGCGCUAUUGUUGAGAGGAGUCCCGCAAGGCUUGGAAAAGCUCUGUAUGAUCAAUUCGUAAAGCGCGACCUUUUGUGA